GACUCCGAUGGAAAAUCAUGCAGCACUUUGAACCCAUGGAGACAUGGCACAUAGGUUCCUCUCAUCUACGAACAGAUUCAGCGCCAGAUUCGCCUUCAUAUUCACUGUGUCUUUAUCCUGCACAUAUUUAUGCUACAGUAUUCUUUUUUGUCGCAGCACAGUCAUGACAAACCGGGGUUACGAGGGGAGAAGAUGCCCACCAAGCAAAAACGCAGGAGGGAAGAAACUUCUUGGGAGAUUAGACAAUUGCGCUUCGCUGGAAGUCAGGUCCGCUUUGGAUGAGUCCGCUGCCCCGCGAGGAUACAGUGAUCUGCAUGACAUUAGUAAAGCCCCUGCCUCGUCUGGAAGUCACUUGGCUGACAUGAAGUUGAGAAACAUGAGUGUUGCGCAAAAAUAUGGGAAUAAGAAGCUGCCUAAUGCGUUAAUAGUCGGUGUAAAGAAAGGAGGUACCAGGGCGGUGCUGGAGUUCAUCCGGAUACAUCCAGAUGUGCGCGCACUGGGAACUGAGCCGCACUUUUUCGACAGAAACUAUGACAGAGGGCUGGACUGGUACAGGGGAUUAAUGCCACGAACGCUAGACAGCCAGAUCACAUUAGAGAAGACACCCAGCUACUUUGUCACCAGAGAGGCUCCCAGACGUAUCUGCAGCAUGUCCCACGAGACCAAGCUGAUUGUUGUGGUGCGUAACCCAGUCACAAGAGCCAUCUCUGACUACACACAGACUCUUUCCAAGAAGCCCGACAUCCCCACGUUUGAGGAGCUGGCCUUUAAGAACAAAAGUGAGGGCCUCGUCGACUCUUCCUGGAACGCCAUUCGGAUCGGGAUGUACAUCCUGCACCUGGAGAACUGGCUGCAGUACUUUCGCCUGUCGCAGAUGCACUUUGUGAGCGGGGAGCGGCUGAUCACGGAUCCAGCAGGGGAAAUGGGUCGUGUUCAGGACUUCUUAGGGCUGAAACGAAUAAUCACGGACAAGCACUUUUACUUUAACCGAACCAAAGGCUUUCCCUGUCUCAAGAAACCGGAGAGCAGCAGCCAGCCGCGCUGCCUCGGCAAAUCCAAGGGCAGGACUCAUGUACAGAUCGAACAGGAGGUCAUAGAGCAGCUGCAGGAGUUUUAUAGGCCAUUUAAUAUCAAAUUCUUUGAAACCGUGGGGCAAGACUUCAAGUGGGAUUGAGGCUGCCAUACAAAAACAAGGCUGUUUUUAUGGCCUGUGAAAAGAAAUAUAAAUGAGGGUAUCUCCAGAAAUAUGUUUAAAUUAAAAGUUUAUUGAGAUAUAUAUUCAUUGACAAAAUCAACUUAAAAGAAUAUAUCAAUCAUAAGAGUUUUAGGUUGGGUCAUUAUGAUAACAAGUGCCAUAUAAAUAUAUAUAUAUCUAUAUAUAUAUAUACAAAAAAUAAGUUUCUUUAACACAUACGUGAAAAACAUGGAGUCAUUAACCAGCAACCAUCACAAUGACAUUGCUUAAAUAUUCAUUCUGAUCAAAAUGAACCAUCGGCUUGAAUGUUAAAUUGAGUUUUUAACAGGAAUUUGCAGCAAAAUGUCAAAUGAAUAUUAAAAUCUGCCUGUCAAUUAUUCAGCAGUGAAGUUUAUCUCUGUAUUGUUGA